AUGAGGUCAACCCAGCGUGCUACUUUUCCCGUCAGGGAGGGCACGACUUAUGUUGUUAUCCCAACAUCUUUACUUAAACCAUGCAUUGAAGAGUUGGUUCCCAUGAUAACAGCGAUUAUAAACAAAUCAUUAUCUGGAUCUUCAGUACCGACAACCUUCAAAGAGGCUAUUAUUCGCCCUAUUCUGAAGAAACCGGAUCUUGACUGUAAUGAACUGAAAAAUUAUAGACCAGUUUCCAACUUACCAUUUAUUUCAAAAAUACUCGAAAAGGUAGUAUCAAAAAGACUCAAGCAUCAUCUGGAAGUGAACAAUCUACAGGAACCACUGCAGUCAGCAUAUCGAGCAUGCCACUCUACAGAGACGGCACUCAUCCGAGUCCAUCAUGACAUUGUAUCAGCGCUUGAUAAAAAUUCCUGUAUGGCCCUAGUGAUGCUGGACUUGUCUGCUGCGUUUGACGUGAUCGACCAUACCAUCUUACUUCAGACGUCUCAGGUUCUCCUUUGGAAUUUCUGGGGCAGCUCUGGAAUGGAUCGAAUCCUACUUGACACAGCGCACACAAAGAGUAGUCAUUGGUGGGAGUGCUUCCGAAGAUCUUGUUUUGCGGUUCGGAGUACCACAAGGCUCAGUGCUUGGACCAGUCUUCUUGUUAUAAAACCGAACGAAACAUGGCCAGAUCUAAAAUGUCGACUAGAAACUUGUUUAGCUAACGUGAGAAGCUGGAUGUGUGCAAAUCUUCUAAAAUUGAAUCAGGAUAAAACUGAGUUUAUCGUCUUUUCACCAAAGAGUCAGCUUAAAAGAUCUUUCACACACCAACUUGAUUUUGAUGGUUCUGUCAUCUGUGAAUCAGAUUGUGUGAAGAAUCUGGGAGUGUUUUUCAACAAAUCACUUACCAUGGAGACUCAGAUUAGCGCAGUGUCCAAAUCCUGUUUUUACCACCUGCGAAAUAUUAGUCGAAUUCGCCCAUUCAUAACAGAAGAUGCUUGUAAGACUCUAGUUGUCGCUCUAGUUACAUCAAGACUUGAUUAUGGAAAUGCACUACUCUAUGGAAUCACAGAGACAAAUAUUUCACGGCUACAGAGAGUACAAAAUACGGCAGCAAGGAUUGUCACCCGAACUAGGAAGCAUGAUCAUAUCUCCGAAGUCCUGAUAUCUCUUCACUGGCUUCCAGUUAAAUUUAGAACAUAUUAUAAGAUCCUUUUAUACACUUUCAAAGUACUCCAGGGGACAUCACCAUCAUACCUAAAGGAACUCAUAACAGUCUAUCAACCGUCAAGAACUCUACGCUCGUAUGACUCCAAACAUCUUGUGAAACCUCGUGUUCGCACGGAGACAUACGGAACGCGUCGUUUUGACCAUGCAGCGGCAACUUUGUGGAACGGUUUACCUGAUGCUCUUCGCUUCCAGACGUCACUUUUAGCUUUUAAACGAGAUCUUAAGACCCACCUUUUUAAGGUAGCAUACGACGUAUAA